CUCCAGUUUCCAGACAUUUGAAAGCUAUGAUAUAAUGAAUGGCAUCUUGUUGGCAAUAUAACAAUACAAAUUACACCUGCUUAACACUGAUGUCAUUGGCAACCAUAGAAAAUCAAAAUACUCAUCACUUGAACAUAGAAUACCUUAGCUAGAUUCACCAACAUUUGCUGGAACCUGAAGCAGGGCUUCUGUUUCCCUCCAUGGGAACCAUAACCUGCCAAUCAUUGGCUGCAGCAGAUAUUACAUACACACCAUACUUGCUCAGACUGCAGACCUCUCUUUCACAUUCACAUAACACAGACCAACCCUCAUAACACUGCAAGCACACAACAGUAGCAGUAACUAAACAACUCUACAGCAGGAUACACAUGUGCUAACAGUAAACUAAAGAAGCUUUUUCCAGCAUAGGUAUACAGUUAAUAAUAAAACAGAUUAUCAUAAACUUAAUUUAAAGUUGCUCUUCGCUCCUUAUCCGAAAUUUUUUUUAAAAUGUUUAAAAUAUUGGGUGCUUUAGCUGCACUAUUUCACGUAUGUGUGUGUGUAGACAUCACCUACCACGUGAAAGAGGGUCAGAAUCCUGAUACUCUGGUAGGAAACAUAGCUUCUGAUGCACAUCUCUACAACAGCUUUCAUGCUGAAGACUUAAAUAGGAUUACAUUCAGCAGACUCCAUGAGAGUCUCAGUGGAAAUGCUCCAAUGUUUAAGGUUGGCAAAAAUGGAAUGAUGUAUACCUCCCAAAUGCUUGACGCUGAGUCACUUUGUAAAUACAACACAGAAUGUUUCAAAAUAGUGGAAGUAGCUGUUCGGCAUAAAGAAUCUUUUGUGAAGGUCAUUGAAGUAAAAGUUAUUAUUGAUGAUGUUAAUGAUCACCAGCCAGAAUUUCCCAUAAAAGAUAUCCAUGUCCAAUUCUCUGAGGGCGAUGGAGUUGGUGGCUCAAAACCAAUUCCAAGUGCUACAGAUAAAGAUGUUGGUUUUCUAAAUUCUCAAAUUACAUAUCGAUUGGAAAAACAUGUCAAUGACCCGUUUUUGUUGUCAGUUGUUAAAAAAAUUGAUGGAAGUAACAAACUUGGAAUAAUUCUUGAGGAAAGAUUAAACAGAGAAGUAAAGGAAACUUAUACACUUCAAGUGAUUGCUAAAGAUGAUGGUACUCCAUCACACCAGGGUAUUUUAACCAUUCAUGUAUCUGUCACUGAUGAGAAUGACAAUCAACCAGUUUUCUCCAAAAACGUUUAUAAUGUCUCCAUUAACAACAGACAAGACAUAUACACACCAAUUGUUACAGUAUAUGCUACAGAUUUAGAUUCGGGUGAAAAUGGAAAAGUUUCAUACUAUUUCAGUUCAAAAACUUCCGAUUUUGCAAAAACAUUAUUUUACUUAAAUGAAACAUCAGGCAAGAUUUUCUUAGCUAGAAAUUUUCCAUUCACAAAGAGAAAAACAUACAAAUUAUUUAUUGAAGCCAUUGAUAAAGGAAGUAUACCCUUGAGCUCUACUGCAAUGGUUCUUGUGAACAUAAUAAACAGACAAAAUAAUGCUCCAAGUCUUGAUGUCAAGUUUGUCUCUGAGCCAAUAGGCAAUAUAACAACAAUUUCUGAAGGUGUCAAAACCAAUAGUUUUAUUGCUUAUGUGAAAGUAAGUGACAAUGAUGUCAAUCAAAAUGGAGAAGUGGUAUGUGAUCUCAACCAUGAUAAACUACAGCUUCAAAAGCUUGGAAGAAAAAAAUACAAAGUUGUUUUAAAAAACCCUGUAGACAGGGAAUCAGAGAGCUAUAUUGAUUUUAUGAUUAGUUGUCAGGACAAAGGAUCGCCACCUCUCAGAACUGAAAGAAAGUUCAAUAUUCAAGUGACUGAUGUCAAUGAUGUACAGCCACAAUUCACAAAAGAUACAUUCAAAUUUCUCACAUACGAAAACGAGAAAUCAAAUUUUCCAGUUGGUUUUAUUAAUGCCUCAGACCCAGACUUAGGAGCUGGAGGUCAACUUUCAUAUUUUCUCUUAAGUAAAGGAAUUCAUGAUCUUCCUUUUGUUAUUUCGAAUUUUGGAUUUAUUUCAACUUCAGAGCCACUUGAUCAUGAAAAAAUGGAUAUUUAUAAAUUUCAAGUUUUAAUAAAAGACAAUGGAAUACCAUCUCUCAACAAUACAGCAAAUGUCAUAGUGGAGGUAAUGGAUAAAAAUGACAAUGCUCCCUAUUUUACCUUUCCAAGUGUUGACCCUUUCAGCUUGGAUGUUCACUACCAACCUCAAAGUAACAACGAGGUGACAGUAUUGAGAGCUUCUGACAGAGACAGUCAUGUCAAUGCUUUCCUUAGAUAUGAAAUAAUUGGUGGCAAUAACAAAGAAUUAUUCACAGUAAAUCAUUACACAGGAGUAUUGUCGUUCUCUCGCAUGGUUUACCAAAACGAUGCUGGAUCAUACAACUUGAAGCUUAGCGUAAAGGACAGUGGUAGUCCGAUUCUAUCUGCCACAACAACACUGUCUUUGAUAUUGACUGUUAGCAACAACACAGCCAAAAUGUUUACAUCUGUUGAUAAAAAGUCUGACCACAAGAUACAUAUCAAUCUAGUAGUUAUCAUUGUUGUAGCAGCUGUGAUUAUAUCAGUUGCAAUUGUGAUUUCUAUGGCAGUAUGUAUGAUUCAUAAAAACAACCAAAGGAACAUCAGAUGCAAUGAAGCUAUAAAUGACCCAAACAAAUAUUUUGACGAAAGAAAUCCGUAUGAUGUUCCUGUAGCAAUGGUUACAGACCAUGGUGGCCAUAGACAUUCUCAAACAACAUUACAGAAAUCUCAACCACAAUCCGAAUACAAGUCAGUCCAAAGUCUUAAAGUACCUUCUUCUAUAAAACAGUCAUAUAAUAUGGCUCAAAGUCUACAUCAGGAGAUAACCAUGACAUCUGGUGUUUAUAAAGAAACUGAGCGAAUGCUUGUUAUUGCUGAUCACAUCAACGAAAUGUCAACUUUAUCCUCAAGUGCAGAUAGCGGACAUGGUUGGAGUGAAAGAAGCACAGCUCAUUAUGAAACCCUCCCAGGUUUCAAGCACAGUCAAGAGGAUCAACAGCAACACAAAAGUAGGAGUUCUUUACCAUGGACAACACACAAACCCAAGGAUAUUUCUACAAAACAUUCCAGUCAAGCUAUUGUUGAUAAAAAAACUGUCUGCAAUGAUGUUAUUGAUCUUAAAUCCUUAAGAAUAAAAACUGCUAAUCUCCCAGAACCUUGGAAUUUACCAAUAAAAAAUAGUUUCUCUUCUUUCCCCAAACCCCUGCCAUCUGUACCUAAAGUACCAAAACCAUAAAAAUAACUUUAUUCCAUUCAUUAAGUCUUUUCUAACGAGAAACACCAAUGUUACAUAUAGGUUCUUUUCAAAUAUAAAAUGUCAAUAUAAUUAACAGUAAACAUGUUUAAACCCCACUAUAAUUAUUCUAAUUAUUGUAAAUAAGCAUGACUGCUGUGCUACAGAAAGAUACUGCACAAAUCAGAAUAUAUUUUAUAUAAUGUUCUAAUUAUUUCUACAUAAUUCUUCUAGGAAAAACAUUAACUUAGCUUCUGUGUAAUUACUGACAGUUGUAUUUUGCUUCAUGUUGUUGAUGUUUUUCUGGUUUAAUAAUAAUAAAAAAAGGUCUUUUAAACAAAUAGAGUCUUUAAUAAGCUACAGCACUAUAGUUUACUAAAUCUUCAAAUAUGAUGCCCUAUAUAUUUUCAAAGCCAGCUAAUUAUUACAGAAAUAUUCCAGUAAUUCCCUUCAUCUUUGCAAACAGUAUUUAUCUGAGUUUAAACUGAGAAAAGAAAGAAAUAUUAAAAAUAAAAUGAAACAAAAAGCAAAAAAACCACAAACCAUGAAAAUUCUUUCAAGUUUAUUACAAAUUGAUUGAUUUGUACUAUUAAGACAAUACCAUAAUCUUUUUAUUAUUAUUGUUUUUUUUUUUGGUUUUUUUUAUCUAAAACAAGUACUGUGAAGUUUAAGUGCAAAAUGGCAUGAGUACAAAGGCCAAAAGCUAUAUAAAGAUAUAAAUAUUAUAUUCACAAAGUCUUAUUGUAUAUAAAUCCUUAGUUGUAAAUAAACAAUUCUAUCUAUUUUAUUUUGCUACAUUGGUCUUAAAAUCAUCUGCAAUUGUAAUAUUUGCUUAACAUUCCUACAACAAAUUUGCAAACAAUUUAAUCAAAAUAUAUGAAAAAAAAAACAAGCCAAAACGUUUAUAGGAAUCCUGUUAAACUUUCCUAAGGAUUGCUUCUCAACAACAGGUGCAAAUAUUGCAGUUCAUUUGUAAUAUCAACAUGCUUACACAUAUUACAAAUGUAACAGUAAUUAUUACCUUCCAUAUUAUUUCAAAAGAAACAAGGAUUUCCAUGUUGGUUUGUCAUUAGUAAAAUAUAAUAAUUGCUGAAGUGUAGACAGAAAUAUCACAGCAACAAAGUAAUUAAUAAAAAUUGUUUACAAACAUUUAGAUCUUGAUGAAACCUUU